AUGGCCAAGCGUGAUAUUGGAUAUAGCCAAGUAUUGGAUAUGACCAUGUAUGGUAUUGGAUAUGGCCAAAUAUGGUAUAGUUGUGGUGCCUAUAUUUUUUUGACUGACAUUUUACGGUACAAACCGAUUAUUGUGCUAGAAGCUCUCAGCUUGUUUAGCACUUGGGCGCUGUUGUUAUGGGGUAAAACUGUGUGGCACAUGCAGUUUAUGCAAAUCACUUUUGGAUUGUCAUCAGCUGCCGAAAUAGCUUAUUAUUCAUAUAUGUAUUCGGUGGUUGAUCAAAAAUAUUAUAAGCUUAUUACAUCUUAUAUAAGGGCUGCUGCCUUGGCCGGAAAAUUUUUUGCCUUUGGUUUUGCUCAGUUCCUUAUAUCAUUUCAAUAUGGGUCAUACCUUCUUUUAAAUCAGAUAUCAUUUGGUUCACUUUGUUUAGUUCUUGGGAUUGCUUUCAUUCUUCCAUCGAUACCAUCCAAGAUAACUAGUCAUAAAGUUGUUGUAACUGUUGGAAAUACACCUAAACUUCCUCAUAUUUCAACAGAUUAUGAUGAGGAGUUACAAAAUGAUCAACGAAAUUUUAAAGAAAAAAUAACUCUGAAUGCCAAUGCGCCAAAUGUUGAUCAUGGAAUUGUCGUCUAUUUCCGCGCGAUUUGGUAUCAUUUCAAAAUUUUCAAACGUAAUAAGACAAUCUUGAAAUGGAGCAUUUGGUGGGCACUAACUAGCUGCGGUAUUUUCCAGGUUAUGAACUAUGUACAAACAUUAUGGGCCACAAUGCAAACAUCUUCUGAUAUUUACAAUGGUAUUACCGAAUGUGCCAAUACUUUUAUCGGAGCAUUGAUCAGCUUUUUGGUACAGUAUAUGAACGUAAAUUGGUCAAAGUGGGGUGAACACGUACUGCUAGUCACAUCAGCGUUUAUCGCUGUUCUCCUUAUUAUCAUGUCCCAAAUGGAAAUUGUUUAUGUUACUUACGUACUCUAUGUUAUCGUAAUCACCAUUUAUCAUCUGCUGAUAACGGUGGCAAGUGUGAACAUAGCAGUGCAAUUAGAUUCCGCAAGUUAUGGACUGGUAUUUGGUUGGAAUACCUUUUUGGCUUUGUUUUUACAAACUGUCCUUACAUUUGCAGUAGCGGACAAACACGGAUUCUCAUUAUCAAUCCGAACUCAGUUCUUCGUUUACGGGUGUUAUUUUGUCCUGGUCGCUAUUAUGUUUGCUCUGGUAUUUGGUUACAGAUUUGCGAAAUAUUUAUGGUGCCGGUAUUCAAACGAUAUCCACCGAACGUAAAACUGCACUUCAAUUUAUCUAAUCGAGAUAUGCAGGAUAUUCCAUGUAUAAUUCCGAAAAAGUGAUCGAAUAAAGUAAGGACAGUAUGUGAUAAUAAAUUUCAACAG